AUGUUCCUCGAUCGACUGAAGGAAUUCUUGAAAGUAAACGGCUUCCAAGUCGCCCCCGCAGAGCUUGAGGGACACCUGGUUGUGCACCCGUACUUCCAAAUAGCGUUCGUUGUCCUCUCCCCCGAGGGGAAGGCUGCUGCUUCUGGUGCCGGUGCGGCAGGGGAGGGGAACGCAAGUGAAGAGAUCAAGAAAUGGGUCAGAGACCAGAAGGUGAGGUAUAAGUGGUUGGAGGGGGGCGUGGUAUUCGUCGACGCUAUACCGAAGAACACGAGUGGAAAAAUCUUGCGCCGCUUGUUGCGCGAUCAGGCGAAGGAGAUUGUACAAGCGAGGAAAAAGGGAAUGGUCGUGCUCGCCAAGCUCUGA